AAAAAAAAAAACGUACAAGAACUCCCUCUCUUGAUUCAUUGACAUGAAAUCAGGUCUUCAGAAUUUCUUGUUUGGGAACCUGAUUUCAUAUCAUUAGAAGAAGAAAAAGGUUGAGGAGGAGAAGAUGGGGUGCUCAUUCUCUGGGUUGAAUGCCCUGUACGACGCCGUUAACGGGGGAGGAGACGUGUGGAUCAAUGAGAACCGGUUCAGGAUCUUGAGGCAGCUUGGGGAGGGCGGGUUCGCCUACGUUUACCUGGUCAAGGAGCUGCUCUCUGACUCCGCUUCGGCCUCUGCUGCUGGCUUGGCUAAGAAAGUCAAGGACCCCACCCAUAUCUCUGAUGAUGGCACUUAUGCAAUGAAAAAGGUUCUUAUUCAGAAUACUGAACAGUUGGAGUUGGUCAGAGAGGAGAUCCGUGUUUCAUCGCUAUUCAGCCAUCCGAAUCUACUUCCACUUCUUGAUCAUGCUAUCAUUUCUGUUAAGCCUACACAAGAAGGAACUAGGAACCAUGAAGCAUACUUGUUGUUUCCAGUUCAUUUGGAUGGAACGUUACUGGACAAUUCCAAAGCCAUGAAAGCUAAAAAGGAGGUUUUUUCUACCUCAAAUGUUCUUCAUAUAUUUCGGCAGCUUUGUGCAGGACUCAAGCAUAUGCACAAUUUAGAUCCUCCAUAUGCACAUAAUGAUGUCAAACCUGGUAAUGUUCUUAUAACUCACAGGAAAGGACAACCACCUCUUGCCAUAUUAAUGGACUUUGGCAGUGCUCGACCUGCAAGGAGGCAAAUUCGUUCUCGUUCAGAGGCGCUACAGUUGCAGGAAUGGGCAUCUGAGCAUUGUUCGGCUCCUUUUCGAGCUCCUGAGUUGUGGGAUUGCCCCAGCCAUGCAGACAUUGAUGAGAGAACUGAUAUUUGGUCAUUAGGAUGCACUUUGUAUGCAAUAAUGUAUGGGAUAUCUCCAUUUGAAUAUGCGCUUGGAGAAUCUGGAGGAAGCCUACAGUUGGCCAUUGUAAAUGCACAGGUAAAGUGGCCGGUUGGACCUAAGGCUCAAUAUCCAGAAGCUCUUCACCAGUUUGUGACGUGGAUGCUUCAGCCCCAGGCCGCUGUCCGCCCUCGCAUAGAUGACAUCAUAAUUCAUGUCGACAAGUUGAUUGCAAAGUUCUCUAAUUGAGACAAUAAUAACAUUGGAGUGUGAUUUAUGGGUGGUUGACUAUGCAAAUAUCUGCAGAUUGGAUUAUUAUUAUUAUUGUUUCUUCAAAAUGAUAAUGGCAACUAAAAGAAAUAGCAAUUAAUGUCAAUGUUACACAGAUUACCAUUUUGGCUUUGAUUUUAUUGUAUUCUUCUGUCACA